AUGGCUGAUGGAUUCAACUGGUCAUCAUCUACUGCCGCAGGCAGCGAUCAUGAUUGUGAUGACGGGCAUCAUCAGGGCAGCAGCGCCAACAAUGAGCAAGCACCGUCUGUGUGCCACGGUCAAGGUGAUGAUGUUCGUAUCGCAGCAGCAGCGGCCUGCCCUCUAGGUGUCGCUGCCCAACUGCCAGCAAAGGAUGUGACUACAGAACCAACUGUAAACACCAGUGCUGGCAGCGGCAGCGUGCCUGACACCACUGCCAUGGGAAGGCUCAUGGAUACAGAGGGCGAUCUGGAUGAGAGACGGGAACAACUCUGGCAGGUGUUAGUGCACUGGGGUUUAGUUGGGAAGAAGCUCGCAGUUUUCCCCGAAGAGGAUGCAAGUGAUAUUGCAAGUCAGAUCUGCGCCGAGUUGGGGGUUAUUUGUGAAGCCAUUUACGUGCAGCAAGUUGAAGUUUGGAUCAGGGACGCUAGGCGUGAGUCGGAGGCCAAGGAUCGUUGGGCAAAGGAGCUGUACUUGGAGUUGAAGAAAAUGGAGGCUCCAGCUCUUAUAGAGUUGGAGCAUUGUGUGAGCGACAAGCAUCUACACCUAGCAUUGGCAGGGCGGACACGUGCUUCAACACUGAAAAGGUAUGUGAAGACUUGGAAACACUGGUUACACUGGAUGGAGGCAGUCAAAGGGCAAUACAGUGCAGGAACAGCUGGGGACUUAGUGGAAUACUUGUUCUGCAGAUAUGACGAACCAUGUGGACCAACCGUACCUGUUCUCAUAGUGAAGGCUGUUACGUGGAUGGAACGUAUUGCAUGUGUUCCAAAUGCCAUGCGGGUGGGGGAAUCGCAAACAGUAGCUUCUGUGAGGGACUACAUUGUGGAGAUGCUUUCAAAAGACGCUCCGCCUAUGAAGCGUGCACCACGGUAUCCAGCAGCUAUCAUGGAGUCGCUGGAGGAAGCAGUGGAGGACACCUUUUUGCCGGUGGGACUGCGAGUGAUAGCAUGGAUCAAGCUGGUAAAGAUCUGGGGGACCCUGAGAUGGGAUGACGUGCAGAAGAUUGCGCCGAGUGAAUUGCGGUUUUUUGGGAACAGACUGACAUCCAUUUUGAGGGUCACCAAGACGACAGGUCCAACCAAGCGAGUGCAGGAGCUUCCACUGUGUGUGUCGGAACAUGCCUUUAUUUCUUGUCCCUUCUGGUUAAAAACAGGUUUUGACUUGUUGAGGGAACAUGCAGAUUUUCAACGGGAUUACUUGCUGCCUAAGCUGACAGCGGAGUUGGGGGGCUUUCGCAAAGCGAUGGCUUCAUACAAUGAUGUGGUUUCGUACUCAGCAAGGCUGCGAAAGGGUUUGAAGCGGCCGGGCACAAUGCAGCCGCAGAUGGACCCGAUUUUGUCCACUUUUUGGACAGAACAUUCAGAGAGGGCUACUCUGCCUACAGGUUUGGCAUUACUGCGUUGUCCAAGGGAAGAGCGGGAUCUGUUAGGCCGCUGGAAACCUGAUGGGUCUGACACCUAUGUGCGGAUGUAUAGCGGAGUGGUGACCAGACUUCAACAACAAUUUGCAAAGGCAGCCAGAGGCAAAGACCGCUUUAAGGUCUUGGACGAGCAGGAGGUGAUUGAAUCUGCAAUUUCCUGGAUGACAGAUCGAGUGGAAGUAUGGGAUGACGCUGACAUUCAACACGCCAUUAGAUGGUUGGAAGCUUCAAUGCGGUGGGAGCCGCAAUUGACUUGGGAACGAGUCGGCGAAGAGGACCCGGUUACGGCAGGAGAUGUAGAGGCAGCUUUCUUCACCAACAAGGUGACAACAGUCCAAAAAUUCUCUUCCUUCUUCAGAUCUGAGACAGACUUAGUGGAUGUCUUACGUGAUUCCUUUGCGGUGGAUGCAGCAGCAGGCCUGGAACAAAGGGCGCAGGUAGCUUCAGUGAUGUGUGCUUGGAAAGAAGCCCAGACAAAAAUGAAACGUCAAGCUGAAGUAGAAGCUGAGAUGGAUACGAGAGAGUGGACAAAACCAAUUCCAACAGGGGACUACAUUAGCUUGCGCAAUGCAUUCAUGGAAGUGCAUGGAAGGUUGGAAGACAAGGUGACUCCAUCUAAAGAGUUUUUGGAGAAAAAACUGCAGGAGCUGGAGAAUGGAGAGUUCAGGGCGGAGACCUUGUCGGAGGUGGUAUCGAAAGAUGAGGUGGACCCUGAUGUUUUGGUGCCUGUUUUUGAUUCAAAGGGCAGUUUGACGGUGAAGAAGGGCUCAACCACGAUAGCGUUGCCAACAGGGCCGGAGCAGUUGAGACGACGGCUUUCAGUGAUGCAGAAUGCCCUCAUCAUGUUGUCGUUACGACAUACUAACAGGGAAGAGAUUCAGGACAUCACCAAGGAGUUGUUUGAUAGAUACAAAGAUUAUCUCCUAGGAGAUUUCGUGUAUGGACUGGUGUCAACAGAUGUGCAUGGACAGCAGAUACAAACGCCACCAUGGAGUUUGGUAUUACCCUACGAACAAGCAAUUCGAAAAAGAGCCUAUCAGCUGAUGCUCACGGACAAGUUGAAGCUGGGAGCUGCGAUGGAGCAGGCCUGGAAGUGUCCUGUGACGAAGGAACGAUACUUCAUCACACCACUGGCGUUGUACAGCAAGAGAUCCUAUCCUCAGCAGCUGCCGGAGUUCUUUGUGGAAGGCAAGCCUCUUUUUGACGAGCAGGGCUACUAUGCAGGCCAAAACACCACUGUCACAGCUGACGAGGGGGAGAUCACACAGGACACUGAUGUUUUUCCUAUUUCAAAACCUGAUGGAAGGAAACUGGUGGGAGGUAUGGGAGAGCCGCGGUUCUGUCAGGCGCCAGGCAAGUCAAGAGCUUUUCAUGAUGGGGCCGGGUUGGCAUCCAUGGGACGCUGGGACGUUGAGAAACGUAUUUGGUCGCAAAGCAGUUUUUGGAAGGUUUUUAGACAGAAAUCAUUGGACCUGGUUUGCAGUUAUCUUGCAAAGGGAUGCACCUUGGACAGGGUUUGUUUUGAGAUGGCAGUCAAAGGCGAAAGUGGAUGUGCUUUGGUGAAAAAUGAGGAGCUCAAGGAGAGCUUGCGAAAACUGUGGGUAAGUUUGCUAAAAGAGAGAGGAUGUGCUGAACCGGGUCUGGAUCAGAUUGCGGAGGGUCAACCCUUCUAUCUGAAGCUGAUGAGGGAGCUGUUGGCGAUGUGUGAGGACCCGGACAGGGAAUUUCUCUUGCAAGGCGAGGUGGGUUUCCCAGUAGGGAUAUUGAAGCCCCUACCUCGUACACCUCAUAUAUAUGAGGAACAAACUGCGUGGAAACUGGAGGAGGACCCCUUCAUGAAAGGGGAAGUCUGGCGGAACAACUAUGAGUCAGUACAAGAGCAUGAGGUUUUUGUGCGGGAGCACUUCGAGCAGGAGUGUGCAGAGGGCCUUAUGGAAAAGAUCUCGCUGGACGAGGCGAAGAGACGGUAUGGUGAGCGAGUGGCCAUUUCUUCACUUGCAGUACUUGUUGAGGAUGCAGAGCUGGGGAAGAAGCGCAUCAUCCAUGAUGCAACUCAUGGGACAAAGCUCAACCAUAGGAUCAAGUGUCGUGACAAGACUCGGAGUCCGGGAGCUCGAGAGAAACAAUACCUACUGGCUUACUACAGAGAGCGCAAGAAGGCUCUAGUGAGUUUAGUGGGCGACAUCAGCAAAGCCCACCGUCGCUUUCUUCAUGAUCCAGAGGAGAGAGGUCUUCUGGCGUGCAGGGUGAAGGAAACAGACCCUUUUAUUUACAUCAACAAUUGCGGUACUUUUGGAGUGGCAAGUGCUAGCUACUGGUGGGGGCGGAUUUCUGGAGCGGGGAUCCGCUUGGUACACGAGAUGCUGGGGCCAGAGAGGCCUGUGGAACUUUUGAUUUUUGCAGAUGACCUGGAGAGUUUGGGUGCGGACUCCAUGGGGAGACAGGGAAUUGUGCUGACCUUCUUGUACAUGUCUGCCUUGGGGUUCCCCUUUAAAUGGGCGAAGCAGAGAGGGGGCCUCAAGGUGGAGUGGAUUGGACUUUUCACUGAUUAUUCCAGUUUCAAGUUGGGGUUAUCGCCAAAGCGGGCGACUUGGAUGCGUAACUGGGUGUUGGAGCUUGCAAACUCUGGGAAGGUGACGCAGAAAGUCUUUGAGCAAGGCUUGGGGAGAUUGGGUUUUUCGGCAUCAGCUCUUUUGUGGGAGCGACCUUUUCUUGGACCCUUGUACAGCUGGAAUGCAGCGGUCCGGGGGAAGAAAGGUGUACUGAAAAUUCCGGCAAUGCUGAGGGCCAUUCUUCUUUUCUUGGCGGAGAGGAUUGAGGAUGGGGGGGAUCUGCAUUCCCCCCCGCCACUGGCGAAGCCUGCGGAAGAGCACCUGUUAUUUUUUACAGAUGCGAAGGCAACAGAGGUUUCGGCUUGGAUUGGAGGGUACAAGCAAAGUAGACAAGGGGUGAUCCUUGAGUGGUUUUCGGAGGAGAUUGAUCGGGAAUGGGCUCCGUGGAUUUUCUUGAAACGAGAUCCGAAGCGGAUCAUUGCAUCGCUGGAGUUACUGGCGAGCUUGGUAGCAGUAAAAUUGUGGGGCCCCAAGGAGGGGCAGAGGAGUUCUGCCACAUGUUUUUUGAGAGGGAAAACAGACAAUCAAUCCAACACCUAUGCGUUGUCGAGAUGGAUGAGCACCAAGUUUCCACUCACUUUAUUGAUCAUGGAACUUUCUGAGACCUUGAGGCAGGGACGAUGUGAGUUAGGCUUGGAUUGGAUUCGUAGGGAUUUCAAUGAGUUGGCUGAUGAUCUCACCAACAACAAGUUUGAGAAGUUUGAAAAAUUCCCCAGAGUCAGAUGGUUGCCAAAGGAGGAACGAUGGUUGGUGUUUGAACGCUUCAUGAAACAUGCACAGGAUUUUCAUGCUGAGCUCGCAAGGGAAAGACAAGUCAAGCGAGAGCUCCCAAAGAAAUUGCCAAAGGCAAAGAGACAGAAACUUGAAAAGUGGUGA